GCGAACGCGAUCGCAGCAAAGGACACACACGCCUAAGACACGGGCCAGAAAGUGCGUCAAGCCAAGUGCCUAACUAAUGUGCUCCCAAACAAAGUGAAACCGAAACCGAACCCGAAACCGAGUGCCCAAAUCAAAUAAAAAUAUAUAUACAGAUCGAUUGAUAAAUUGCGUGACCCUCAAGUGUCUAGGUGUCUAGUGGGGAUUAGGAUGACGAACUGCAUCUGGCUGCUGGCGCUUGUGGUCGCCAUUAAUGCCCGCUCGCUGCACGUGCCGCAUGGAUACGGAGGUGGCUUGCCACCGCCGCCGCCCCCUCCACCCCAUCUGCUGCCCAAUCCCUACUAUGCACAGCCGUACGGCUACGCAGCUGCGGCGGCCUACGGCUAUGGCUAUCAGCCGCAGCCGCAACCGAUCAUCUACAGUCCGCCCGGCAGCUACUAUGACAGAAUGUACGGCAUACGCAAGCCCCUGCCCGGCGGUGGCAAUCCCGUAGCUGUGGACUAUAACAAUCGCUGCUCGAGGAAUUACGUGGGCAUCAAGCCGCAUCCGGAUCAGCAGCAAUACUAUUACGUUUGCCGGCCCAACUGUGUGAUCUUCAGCAAAUGCCCCAACUUGGAGAAAUUCAGUUCCAGCACGGGUCGUUGCGUGGAGCGCGUGCAUCCCGACUAUCCGCCCAUUUGCCAGAAGGAGGGUCGUUUCCCCUACCACCACGACUGCAAGAUCUACUACAAAUGCGAUGAGCAUUUGAUGCCGCAUUUGUACAGCUGCCCCUCGGGCACCAUAUUCUCACCACUGGAAAGCAAAUGCAUAUCCGGCGAUGAGUGUCCUUCGACGGAGAUCUCCAACAGCGGCAGCUAUAUGCCAGAGAACUGUGAGCUCAAGUUUCCCGAGUGCACGGCGGAGGGCACCUUUAGAUCGCCCAAGGACUGCGCCUUGUACUACACCUGCAAGCUGCAGGCCAGCGGAAACUAUCUGCAAACGCGUUUCAAAUGUCCUGGCAGCAACAGCUUCGAUCAGAAACGCAAAAUGUGCCGACCGCAUCGUGAAGUCGACUGCCACGCCUACUUGCCCAUCGCAGACCUGGCCUACGCUCCAAUGACACCCUUCUAUCCGUAUGUCUCCGAGGCGGACUUUGACACAGCGCCAGAGGAAAAGGUACCAGAGCAGCCAGAAGCCACCGCUUUGACCACGGACUCUAAAGUGGGCAGCAUUCGAGAGCCUGAAGAAACCGUUGUUGUUAUACUGCCCAAGACGACAACGACAACAACAGUUGCGACUCCUCCCAAAAAUCGAGACUAUCCGUCUUAUCCUUCGUAUCCUUCUUACCCCUCGUAUCCUUCCUACCCCACCUAUAACUAUGACGCCCCGCAGUUCGACUCUGAAGCGCUUGUCAAGGAGAAUCAAGAGCUGGAACCACCUUCAACCGAAUCUUCCGAAGUUCCGACCACAACUCCGAGCCCAACUGUCACAAGUACAAAAGCCCCGACGGCGGCACAUGCACCUGCCUUCAAAACUUUGUUGCAGGAAAAAAUUGUUAUACUACCACCGAAAUGUCAAACCACCGGCAAACCGACCACUGAGGCACCCAUUACCACCAGCCUCAAGACGACUGCAGCUACCAGGUCAACAGCAACUAGCAAUCCCACAACAACUGCAAAACCAACAACUACGACUCUGAAGCCUACAACAUCUACAGACACAACGGCUAGACCAACAACAACACCCAAGGCAACAACAGCUAGCACUCCCACAACUCCGAAACUAGCCACUACAACUCGUCAGCCAACAACAACAAGCACACCGAAAGUAACAGCAAGUAGACCAACAACAACGACUCCCAAGCCAACAACAACUAGAGCCCAAACAACUCUAAAAACAACCAUUACAACUAAGCCAACAACAACUAAGUUACCUACAACAACUCCGAAAGUAACAACUACUGAACAGACUUCAACAACUCCCAAGCCAACAACAACUAGAGCCCCAACAACUCUAAAAACAACCAUUACAACUAAGCCAACAACAACUAGAUUACCUACAACAACUCCGAAAAUAACAACUUCUGGACCAAUUUCAACAACAUCUAAACCAACAACUGCUAGGACACCCACAACCCUAAAAACAACCAUUACAACUAAGCCAACAACAACUAAAUUACCUACAACAACUCCGAAAAUAACAACUUCUGGACCAAUUUCAACAACUUCUAAACCAACAACAACUAGGACACCCACAACCCUAAAAACAACCAUAACAAGUAAACCCACAACAACUAAAUUAUCUACAAAUCCGACAGUAACAACCACUAGAGCAACUCCUAAACCAACAACAACUAGAGGCCCCACAACUCUGAUAACAACUAAUUCAACUAAGCCAACAACAACUAAAUUAACUACUAGACCAAGCACGAUAACAACUUCUAAGCUGACGACAACUAACACGGCAACAUCGACUCCAAAACCAUCCACUUUAACUCCUAAACCAACAACAACAACCAGCCCUCCAAGAACGACAACUACCAUAACAACUGCCAAACCAACCACAUCUGGCACACAUUCAACAACAUUUAAGCCAAUAACUUCAACUACCAAGCCAACAACAACUAGCACUCCCACAACAAUAUCUAGCACCCCCACGACUCCGAAGCCAACCACAACCCCCAGGCUUACAACUAGCUCGCCGACAACAGCUACCCCUAAGCCCACAACAACAGCUGGACAAACAGCAACAAGCACUCCAACAACAUCAAAAACUCCUAAUCCAACAACUAGCAGCCCCUCAACGACUCCGAAACCAAGCACUACAACUCCUAAACCAACUUCUGGCACCCCCACGACUCCGAAACCAAUCACUACAACUCCUAAAUCAACCACUAUGACAUCCACAACCACUCCGAACCCAACCACAACCCCCAAACCGACAACAACUAACGGCCCGACAACAGCAACCGCUAAGCCAACAACUUCUGGACAAACGGCCACUAGCACUCCAACAACUCCUAAACCAACAACAAAUAACCCUACAACGACUCUGAAACCAGCCACGACAACUCCUCAACCAACAUCUGGCAGCCCCACGACUUCGAAACCAACCACUUCAACUCCUAAACCAUCAUCUGGCACCUCCACGACUCCGAAACCAGCCACUUCCACUCCUAAACCAACAUCUGGCACCCCCACGACUUCGAAACCAACCACGUCAACUCGUAAACCAACAUCUGGCACCCCCACGACUCCGAAACCAGCCACUUCCACUCCUAAACCAUCAUCUGGCACCCUUUCGACUUCGAAACCAGUCACUACAACUCCUAAGCCAACCACUGUGACAUCCACAACCACUCCGAAGCCAAACACAACCUCCAAGCCAACAACAACUUCUGGACAAACGGCCACAAGCACUCCAACAACUCCUAAACCAACAACUAAUAACCCCACAACGACUCCGAAACCAGCCACUACAACUCCUCAACCAACAUCUGACAGCCCCACGCCUUCGAAACCAACCACUUCAACUCCUAAACCAACAUCUGGCACCCCCACGACUCCUAAACCAGCCACUUCCACUCCUAAACCAACAUCUGGUACCCUUUCGACUUCGAAACCAGUCACUACAACUCCUAAGCCAACCACUGUGACAUCCACAACCACUCCGAAGCCAACCACAACGUCCAAGCCAACAUCAACUAGCGCUCCGAUAACAGCAACGCCUAAGCCAACAACAACUUCUGGACAAACAACAACAAGCACUGCAAAAACAUCAACAACUCCUAAACCAACAACUAGAAGCCCCACAACGACUCUGAAACCGGCCACUACAACUCUUAAACCAACCUCUAAUACCCCCACUACUCCGAAACCAACCACUUCAACUCCUAAACCAACCUCUGGCACCUCCACGACUCCGAAACCAGCCAGUACAACUACAAAACCAUCCUCUGGCAACCCCACGACUCCGAAACCAACUACUACAACUCCUAAACCAACAACUAAUAGCCCCACAACGACUCCGAAACCAGCCACAACUCCUACGCUAACCUCUGAUGCCCCCACGACUCCGAAACCAGCCACUACAACUCCUAAGCCAACAUCUGGCACCCCCACGACUCCGAAACCAGCAACUACAACUCCUAAACCAUCCUCUGGCACCCCCACGACUCCGAAACCAACCACUACAACUCCUAAACCAACCUCUGGCACGCCCACGACUCCGAGACCAACCACCAUAACUCCGAAGCCAACAACAACAACACGCACAACAGCUUCAAUAGCGACAACGGCCAAACCAACCACCCAGCCGCCAACAUUAAGCACAACGACAAUACCUGGCCAGGAGACCACCGUGGCAACGACAACCAGCACCAAGCUGCCACCUUGCGCAACUGAAGAUUCAAACACAUGCACACCACAACAACAACAACAACAACAACAACAACUCAACAACAGCAAAAACACUGAAAGCGAAACACAAUUUGCCAUAAACAAAUCGAGCAGAAAUCUAUUGCUUGGAGAAAGUGAGCCACAAUCCUCGCUGCUGUCACAAAAUUUAGUUUCCAGCGAGAUUAGCCCAGAUUAUAUGAACGAUGAGGCCGCGCCGGAAGAGGAGGGGCAUGUUGAUAGCACCACAGCCAAGUGGACAACGGAGCGGCCCCUAAAGAAACCCUCAACAAUGUCCAGCUUGGCCGCGGCACACAUACUCGAAAAGCUAUUCAAGGUGAUAUCGACAACAACCGCAGCGCCCAUAACCAGAGUCACCUUUGCCCAAAUGGCCAGGCACAAUCUGGCCACAUCCAAGCCAUUCAUAGCCGAAUCGCUGAGGCAGUCCAUCAAGCAGUUGGCGGCGAACAAAGGCGAACCAACAAAGCCAACAAAUUCCAGCAAAGAUACCGAAGAUUCCGAGUACUACGAUAGCGAGUAUGAUACGGAUGAGCUGGAGAAUGUGCUCGAUAAAGAUAAUCUCAAGAAUGCGAAGCUAUCUGUGGGCAAGACGCCAACAAUCGCUACAACAACAACGACUAUGAUGCCGACAACUGGCACAAGCUCAGUUGAGAGCACAACCAGACCCAUGCCCAUUCGCCCAGAGAGCCCAAAUGCUGUGAUGGAUCUGCUGGAAACCAGCUCCAGCGUGCCUGUGCCGGCCAUAGUCAAUGCCAGCAUCUCCAAGGCAAAUUUGACUGGCGAUGCAGACUACUCCGACAACUAUGUGGAUUCGGACUAUGCCAAUGAUGAGCCUGUAACUGAGCACGAGGAGACUAAGCUAGAUCUAAAUGCCCACAAGAACGCGCUUAUCCAACUGCUGAAGCAAAAGCUAAUCCUGGCAAGCACUACCACAGCGCCCAGCAGCACCACCUCGACGCCCGACUUGGCCACCGAUGAGCCCGCUGCAGCUAAUGAAAUUCCAGUAACGACCCCAGACGUAAGUGCGCCAAAAAGCUUAUUGAUGAGUCUGCUGAGGCAGAAGCUAAGCCGCAUGGCGCUGCUCAAAAAGGCCACAGAGCAAAUGGCAACAAGCAGCACCUCAGCACCCGCAAGGAGUACAACUGAAGCCAGCACAACGAGGAGCACAACGACCAGCAGCUUAAGUGCAAACGGUAGCAGCAGCUCGGAAUACUAUGAUGAUGAGGAUUACGACUAUGUUAACGAUGCGGAGGCCACGAGCGCUGGCACCAACACAGCGGCAGCAAUUAAUCAGGAUGCACUUAGGCCAGCAACAGCCAAGCGGCACUCCAUACACCCAUCGCAUAGUUUGCACGCACAGAAGCCGGACGAAGCGUCGGCCCAGGUAAGCCGCGACGGGUUAACGAGCGAGGCCAAGACGCGACAAGUAGAAAGAUUUGCAUUUAAGACACAAAGUGUCCCGCUGCCGGAAGCCGCAUUUCUUAGGCAAUCGGCCAAUGAGGUUAGCGAAAGAUCAAAGCAUAAAUCAAAGAGUGAGGCAGACGACACCAAGACACGCACAAAAAAUACACGCAGAGAAAUACAACAGUCGCUACCAAACAACAGCACAAUAAAACCAACUACAACAACAACAACAACAAGCACAACAAUUGCUCCAACAAGCAACACACAGUCAAGAGCAGCUGCAGCAGCCACACGCCAAGAGAUCCUCACGGUUAACAGGAAGCCGUGGCUGCUGCAAUCCCAGAAUCAAAGCGUACACCUAGCGCCACUACAAAUGGCCAGCCAUAACCCAGUGACUCAUGCAAAUCGUUCAUUAUUAGAGUAUACGACAGACGACUACUCUGCAGACACGGAGAAGGUGCCCGAACUCAUACUGAAGGUAUAUGAGCCCAUCGAUGUGAAGGUCGUCUUCUGUCCCAGAAAUUGCGAUGAACAACACGAUCAUAAAUAUGACCCAGCUGAUAAUUAUAAGUCGAAUUGUACGAGCGGUUGUGAUACGCCCAAUCCUAAAACCCAUCACAGCGUAGAUUUAUGGUGGAAGCCGCUUAAGCUCAGCGACACGGCUGGUUUCCAGACAAUAACAUAGAUAGUUGAAGUACUUAAUAUGGCUAUACAACAUUAACUACAUAUUAAACUAAAGCUAUAUGCAAAUAUAGACAUAUAUACAUAUAUGUAUUCGUGUACACUUUAAUAAACAUUAUGAAUAAAUUACAA